CACACAGAAUCGCUAUCACCUCAGUACAUACACACACGCCAGACUCUGGUUUGCAAACGUUCCGUCAAGAGGAAAGCUUUGCCAGUUUAAUUAAUACUUGCCCGGCAACAUUAUGCGCCUGGGUUGAGGAUCGCACAAUGACAGUUCAAGAAGAAGCAUCACAGAAAAAUGGCCAUGGGCAUGGCCAUGAGCAUGCGCAUGAACACUGUCUCAAGAUGGCACUACGAGAAGACGGCACUCCGUGGUGGACCGACUUCCCCGAACCAGCAUCGACCGCGGCGCAGGUCACGCCGGGAGAGGUUUUUGACCUCCUCCAGGCCCAGGAAACGGCCGAAAACGAACAGCGGCGCUUCCUCUUGGUGGACACACGGCGAACCGACUGUAAAGGAGGAACUGUGCGUGGGGCCAUCAACCUGCCGGCUCACAGCUUUUACCCAACACGCAAGACCCUGUACGGCUUGUGCAAGCAGGCAGGCAUCAAGACAGUCAUCUUCUAUUGUGGCUCUUCCCUGGGGCGCGGCCCUCGUUGCGCCGCCUGGUUCCAGGAUUAUGUCAAUCAAGUCGGCGGUGUCCUCGAGUCAAAAGUUAUGACAGGCGGCAUCCGAGGCUGGAUGAAAGCGUACGGCGGGAGGAUGAUGGAUGGCUAUGACGACAAAGCGUGGGAGGCGGAGGAGAGAUAGCAUAUGGUUAUGCUGGGUAUCUUUGCGCCGUCGAAUCUGCCCUGCCGAAUCCUGUUUUUGUUGACCCGUUUGUAUCGUUGAACGCCGUGCUUGCCCCGAAACCGUUUUGCCUCGCAUCCCAAAAGCAGAGCAG